AUUUUGUAUAAUUCAGGGUAAUUUAAAUGGCAAAUAUAAACAUUAUUGUAUGUUUAAAAAAUUGAUGGAAAAUUUGUAUGAACUUUUGAAUCUUUCUGAGGAAGCUUCUGUUGAGGAAAUAAAGAGACAUUGUCAGCAACUUUUAUUGCAGACUCACCCUGAUAAAAAUAAAGAUUCUGUUGACACAACUCUUUUUAUUAAAGUUCAAAAAGCAAGAGAAAUAUUAUUGGAUCCUCAUUGUAGGGCAAAAUACAAUAAAACUCUAAAAGAAAAUCGUUUGCAAAAUUCUCAAAAGAUUUUGUUUGACAAAGUUUAUGAUGAUGACUUGAAUGUUAAUGAAGUAACUGGAGAAUUUUUUCUUGAUUGUCGAUGUGGUGGUUUGUAUACUGUUCUUGAAUCAGAUAUAUAUGGUAUUAUUGAUAUUCCUUGUACCAACUGUACACUUUUUUUGAGAGUUACAAAGCAAAGCACUCAUAAAGCUUACCACAAAACAGAUUUUAUAUCGAUGGCAGAAUAUUUAUUUUAAAAAUGGAUGAGUUCUCUGUGUGCUUUACCAGCCCGCUUUGUGUUGACAUGUUAUUAUUUACUGAAUGGCUUUCAGGGGCAGAUGAUAUUGAUGCUGCAAAAGUACUUAGUUCAUCUCUUCAACCAUGUCUUGGAAACAUGUCAACAGCUGUUUUAUUACAAGAAGUGAAAGAACAAUAUGUAUUGUUCUCUUAUCUCCAGCAAUAUUUAUUUUCUCCUCAGUUAUUAAAAGCACCAAACUUUGCUGCUCUUUCACCAGAGACUAAAGACAAGCUAGUUUCAAGUUAUUAUGAGUUUGACAAGCCUGUGAUACGAGAAAUUCUUGGCAAGAAAAUGAACUCAAAGCUAAGGAAAGAUAUGGAUGAAGUCAGUGAAAAAACACAAGUAUCUCUCAAAAGUUGCCAGAGACAGUUUGACAAUAUCAAGAACAUUUUGAAAACUUUCGAUGAUGUUGAAGGCAAUAUUAAAGGUGUUCUUACAACACUGUUUCAUUUCUCCGACAUUCUUGUGAAAAAAUAUAUCCCAUUGAUAUAUGUGUUUAUAUUUCGGUUUGAAACCUCCAAGAAAAGGUUACAGUAUUUAUCAUAUGAUGACAUUAUUAUCUGCACAGAGCAUAUUAUUGAGCAAUGGACAACAGAUUCUACUUUGUCAGGAGAUAAAUUAUUUGAUGCUGAUGAUAUUGAUCGAAGUUUUUUUGAGGAUUUAAGAGAACUGAGGAAUUUGGUUUUGGAAAAAGACUUUAUGGAUCAACAUAAAAGCUAUCUGUUUGCACGACUUGAGAGAAAACUCACUUUUUCACAUUUUGCAAAAGGAAUUGAUGCUGUUUUUCGCUUGGUCUAUCGUAAUUUGUUUACAUUGGGUGCAAAUCUUUUUCAGACCAAAGACUUUAGAAAUUUCUUCAAUGAUUUUGUUGAAAAGGUGACUGAUCCAGUCAAGCAAGCAAAUUGGACCCUAAAAGAAUUAGAUGUAUUCUUGACUGAACUGUUGCAUUCAUGGGGAGAUAUUAAAGACCAAUCAUCAAUGCGAAGAUUUGACGCCGUGUAUCUUCGUUACUUAGAAGUGGCACGUAAAUGCAUAUUGCAAAUUUAUCAUUAACAAAGAUUGAAUUAUCAUGAAUGAGAUUAUGAAAAACGAAAUGA